CCAUGAAGUGGAAGAAACCAAAAUAUUCUCUCCCAUUUCUCUCUAUUAAAUCAGAACUUAGAGGGGAAAAACAAUAUUCCAAGUGUAAGUUGCAUAUCAUCACCAUAUUAGAUUACUCUUGCUCUUCAUUGUCAUAGUGAUGAUAUUGCAGCUUCCUAGUUCAAACCCUGUAAAUCUCCAUAUCCAGGCAAAGCUUUCCAUUCUUGAAUCCACUCAUAUUCGUCGAAAAUGUUUAUCAAAUCUAUCUUACUCUUCACCAAGCUUCUUCAUAUCCAAUUCCCAUCAACCUCAAUAUCCCAUCUCAUUAUCCCCUCCAGCAAAUCAGAGUGUUGCAGCCAUUGUGUUUGGAGACGGAUCAGAAUCAAGACUCUAUCCAUUGACAAAGAGAAGAUCAGAAGGAGCAAUUCCUAUAGCAGCAAAUUACAGGAUUAUUGAUGCAGUUGUGAGCAACUGCAUUAAUAGUAACAUAAACAAAAUCUAUGCCAUUACUCAAUACAACUCUACUUCUCUCAAUUCUCAUCUCUCAAGAGCUUACAAUGGACAAGGCCUUGGCAGAGAUGGCUUUGUUGAAGUUAUUGCAGCUUAUCAGAGUCCUGAAGACCAGGGCUGGUUUCAGGGAACUGCUGAUGCUAUGAGAAGAUGCUUGUGGGUACUGGAAGAGUUUCCGGUAUCAGAGUUUUUGAUACUUCCAGGCCACCACCUCUACAAAAUGGACUACCAGAAACUAAUAGAAGCUCACAGGAGUAGCCAGGCAGAUAUAACCAUUGCAGCUCUGGAUUAUAUCAAAGAGCCAGAUCCAGGUUUUGGGCUAUUGAAAGUGAAUUCAGAAAAUGAAGUUGCAGAGUUUAUUUUGAGAUCAGAGAAGGAUCCGAGAAUUGUAACCUCAGUAAAAAGCUCCAGAAAGCUCAUUGAUUAUGCAAAUUGCAAGAUUUCCAGCAUGGGGAUCUACCUGGUUAAUAGACAAGUUAUGACAAAGCUUCUAGAGACAUAUUUUCCUAAAGCAAAUGACUUUGGAGCUGAAGUGAUACCUGGUGCAAUAUCCUCUGGAAUGAAGGUGCAGGCUUAUCGGUUCAAUGGAUACUGGGAGGACAUGAGGAGCAUUUCAGCAUUUUAUGAAGCAAACAUGGAAUGCAUAAAGAGAUCAAACAUGGGAUAUAACAGCUUCUGUGAUAGAGAAUCUCCUCUCUACACCAUGCGGCGCUAUCUCCCUCCAACUACCAUAAGAGAUGCAGACAUAACAGAUAGUGUUAUUGGAGAUGGUUGCAUUAUCAAUAGGUGCAAGAUCAAAGGAACAGUAGUUGGAAUUGGGACAAGAAUUGGAGCUGGGGCCAUAAUUGAAGAUUCGGUGAUCAUGGGCUCCGAUUAUCAAAUAGGUGAGUGCAUUCACAAGAAAGAGCACAUUCAGAAGAGUGGAAUGGAUGGGAAAGGCACGGAUAUUUCAACAGGGAUUGGUGAUGAUACUCAGAUAAGGAGAGCUCUAAUAGACAAGAAUGCAAGAAUUGGCAGAAAUGUAAUGAUUAUUAAUAAGGAGAAAGUGCGAGAAGGCAACAGGGAAGCUAAUGGGUUCAUAAUCAGUGAAGGAAUAGUGGUUGUUCUGCAGAAUGCAGUGAUCCCAGAUGGCAGCAUUUUAUGAUUCUAUUAAUUAUUUUUUUACCAUUGAUUCUUUAAUAAUUA